AUGACUGCCCGUGGGAAAAAUGUCAAGCUGCAGACGCUGGCUACGGAGAACGAGAUUUUCGUCUACGAUAGGCAGUACGUCAGCGAGCCUGGCAAUGUUGAGCUCCCGGAAAUCCCUCCUCCGCCACCGUUGAAAGUAGACAAUCCUCCUGACACCCUUGCGGAUCAGAAUGACCUCCAAGCAUGGCGGAAUCUCUACAUGGCCAGGAGGACGUGGGCGUUGAGUCUAGCGGAUCGUUGCAUCCCGAUCGACGAGGCCAUCCAGGAGCACAACGAGCGAACGGACAUCAUCCACAGGGCUGUUGGUGUGGCGCUGGAGAAUCUCAAGUCUCACGUGGCCAACUUGGAACACAGGUUUCAAGAGGCUCAGGCCUGGGCGAACGAUCUCCUCAAGGAACAGAAAGUUGCGCUUGAUGGAUGGCAACGGGCACUGGAGAAGCUGGAGAGUAUUCCGGCGAGGAAGGAUUUCUCCUUUCUUGGGCGACCGUCUACGCCAAAGAAGGGUAAAGAUCGCUCCACAGGGACGUUACAGGAUUUUCUGGACAUAGAUGAGGUUCGUCGCGCGGCAUCGCAAGGAGUAGCCGUGUCCCAGCGUUUCGCCCGUCGAGUAGACGAAGUGGAGAAGGCUGUCAGCAACAUCGCAUCAGACACUCAGCUUUUGUUGAAUCAAGCGCAGCCCCCUCACAUCGACAGCGUCGAUGGGCUGUUGGAGGAAAUUGAGACUCUGGCCAAAAAGAUCAGCUCCGACUAUGAGCACGUGUUGGGGCUGCCCAACAAUCAGAAGACUUUAGCAAGCAUUUCCAGAAUGGCUCUGGGCCAUACUAAAGACCUAUUACCCUCGCUGUUAGAGAUCAGCCUAGAAUUACAAACAGGCCUGGAACAGGCCGUACGUUACCGCAAUGCAGCAAUGAAGGCCGCGAUAUCCCAUUUGCGGACCGUAUCGGCCCUCGAAUCGCGCCUCGCGGAAGUGCAGGCACAGAUUGCCAACCUUGAUGUUGUUGACGGUGACGUUUUUGAAGUCCUCUAUGCGGUCUUCCGUAUGCCGGUUGUCUACGGUUCCGUGCUGAUUGAAGCGGUGCGACGCCGUGAAUGGAGUGAGAAGUUGAAAGCAGACUCCCUUACUCUCGCAGAGGAGAUGGCCGUGUUUAGGGACGAAGAACAGCGUCGAAGGAGAAAAUGGAUGAAGAGCACGGGAGAUCUGGUGUCGCUCCCUGACGACACUACUCCUGGUCUCGAGAUUAAUCUACAGGGACAGGAGCGCGAGUGGCCAGACGUGUCUCGCAAGGAGAUCGAAUCGUAUAUCGAAACGCUCAAGUCCAAAACUGGAAUGACCGCUGUGGUCGAGGAGUUGACUCGUCUCUACGCGGAUCUUGACGCUCCGACUCGACAGCAAAGGCGGCGGGCAAAGGCUUUCAAGCAUGGCAGUGUUAUUGACGUGGGACGCAGCUCGCUCUUAAUCCGGGGUGACGAUAUGGUUCGCAGUUUGAGAGAAGAGAAGGCCAAAUUGGAGGAAAAGUUAAAGGGCUCGGAGAGCCGGAUCCGCAAGCUCGAGGAUCUCCUUCAUCGCCAGAGUCACAUUACUCGACCUGUUAGCGCUAAUUUUGGUUCUGACGUUCCUCCUUCUCCAGCUUCACCGCUUCCCGACCCUCUUUCAAGGCGAUCUUCUAUAUCUUCUAGACGAAUGUCAUCUAACCAAUCUCCGGAAGAUAAGGCCCUAAUCCAACGGAUUGUGACCCUCGAAGCAGAGCUACAGGCCGAGAGAGAAACCGUUCAAAGACUUCAGAGAGAAGCUCAUGUCGAGCGUCAGUCCACUACAGACAAGAUGCAAGAAGUACAAUCGACGAAGGAGGAUCUGAUCAAGAAUCUCGAAGCUAGACAACGAGAAUUCGAGGAUGAGCGCAGGUUCCUCGAGUCUGAAGCUAAGAAUCUCAGAAUUCGUGUCGAAGAACUUGAGGAAGAACUUUUUCGCGUCCUUGAUCGUCACGAUCACGAGAAGCAGGAGGCAGAUGAACGUACCCAGAAACUCGAGGAGGCUCGAGCCAACGCUGUGGAAGAGUUGGAGAAGGCAAAGGCUCAGGUCGAAACGCUGCAAAACGACUAUUCCUCAGAAAAGAAACGAGCGGACCGUCUAAAUGACGAGGUCCAGACUCACAGAGACCGAAUUUCGCAACAUGAAGUGACGAUUUCGGAGCUCCAAAAACAAAUUGAAGAUCUGAACAGGCAAAAACAGGAGGAUCUUAAUGUGCUUCAGACAGCGCACGCCCAUCUAUCACCGGAAGGCGCCGCACCAUCCGACUUCGCUGCACUGGUCAAAGCGAUCGAAAUCCUCUCCGAAGGGUUAGCAAUCCAUGCAAGAAACUCGGAAGACACUGCUGCAAAGGUAGCCUCUGAAAAGAAGGAGUUAGAAGUGAAGUUACAGCAGUUGGAAGCCGACGCUGAGGGGUUGCGGAAAGUUGUGGAGACACGAGAGUCGGAAGUCUCACAACUCCGCAACGAGCUGUUGCAAGAAAGGUCGCAGAUUUCAGUUCUUAAGGCUGAGCUUGGAGAGGAACGGGCACAGCUUCAUCAGUUGCGAACGAAGUUUGCAGCUGGGGAAACUGGUUCUGAAGUACUGCGUGAACGCGUUGCGGAGGAGGAGCGGAAGGUGGCCACUUUGUCCCAGAAGCUCAUCCAACUAAAUGCACAGGCUCACAAUGCGGAGGAGGAACUUCGGGAGUGCCAGGACAAGAUCCAGGCUCUUCAAGAAUCAGAGCAGCGAGCUCUUGCUCUACUGGAGGCCCGUGGAUCAAGGGCUCAGGAAAUUUCCCGAGAACUUUAUGCCCAGGCAGAGAAGCUUGGACGCAUGCUGGAACAACUCGGGUUCGCACUUGUCCGACAAGAUGAUAACAUUACUGUCCAGAGAGCCUCCAAGGUCAACAGUUCUUCUGGUGCGGGCGAAAGUCUGACGGCUUCCGGAAUCGCCUCCGUGCGACCCGACCCAGCACUGCUGAAUUGGAUUAAUAGUGAAAAUCCAGAAGACGAAGCUAGCAAGUUUGCCGGGUUCGUCGAGUCCCUGGCGAAGUUUAAUGUUGAGGUCUUUAGCGAAGCAGUGGUCAAGAGGGUGAAGGACAUCGAAGUCCUUGCGCGGAAAUGGCAAAAGGAAGCACGCGGAUAUCGGGACAAGUAUCAUCGUGCCCAGAGUGAAGCUCACGACAAGAUCGCGUAUCGAUCGUUCAAGGAAGGAGACCUGGCCUUGUUCCUCCCGACGCGCAACCAAGCCAUUCGGUCCUGGGCCGCUUUCAAUGUGGGUGCGCCGCACUACUUCCUGCGUGAGCAGGAUGUGCACAAGCUCUCCACUCGAGACUGGUUACUGGCUCGAAUCACCAAGGUCGAAGAGCGAGUCGUUGAUCUCUCCAGGUCCAUGAAUGGCGCCAACCCGGAUCGCCGCUCGAUGGGCGAAGCCAGCGACGGCGCAUCCUUUGACGACGAGAAUCCGUUUGAAUUAUCUGAUGGCCUCCGCUGGUAUCUACUGGACGCCACAGAAGAGAAACCGGGAGCUCCCAGCACUCCAGGCCUAGGCAAGAGCACCGUGGCAUCGGCGCAUGUUGAUGCCAAGGGCAGCAUCCGCCUCAAACGCCCGUCGGCCGGUGGAAACGUGGCCAAGACGCUGACCAAGAGCCUGGACAGCCGUCGAAACAGUUCUGCUUCCAAGAAGGGCGCUCCCGCUCCUGCGUUGCCAUCUGGCGAGUCCGCUGGGGACAAUGUGCAACCCGCCGAGGCGGAUAGCGGAUCUCAGCCUCGGGAGUCGGCUCCUAUCUUUGAUGAGGCACAGGGCAUGGAACGGGAGCACGAGCCUCGAUCGCAACAGAACACGCCUGCGUCGCCUUCUUCGGCACGAGCAGAAGCAGAGACUGCCUCUAGCAGUUCAUCACCGAGUAAACGGUCGUCACUGAGGAUUCGACCAUGGGAGAAGCUUUGGUCAUUGGAUUAUCGUCUAGAGAGUGGUAAAUAA